GCUGAUGAGGUUUGCCUCACAUGCCGCACUCGGUAUGAGUUACUUGGCUCAGCACAAGUUUGUCCACAGAGAUCUUGCUGCCAGAAAUUGCAUGGUGAAUAGUGAUCUUCUGGUGAAGAUAGCGGAUUUUGGACUAUCCCGUGACAUGCACGAAUCGGAUUACUACACAAGCGGCGAUGCCCAGGCUAAGCUGCCUAUCAAAUGGAUGGCUCCCGAGUCCAUGGAACGUCGAGUGUACAACGCCAGGACUGACGUGUGGUCAUACGGUGUGCUCCUAUGGGAGAUUUUCAGUAAGGGUGCAAAACCGUAUCCAGGGAUUCCCAACCAAGAUGUGUAUGAUUUCUUGAAGAGAGGUCAACGCAUGGAUGCUCCCAAGAACUGCCCGCCAGAAAUCUACGGCAUAAUGGUACGUUGCUGGCAGGACAACCCCAAGUCACGUUGCACCUUUGUCCAAGUUGCCAACGAGCUGGAAGAACUGUUGGAGGGAGACCGCGACUACGUAGCAGCUCCUAGUGUGGGUGUGGUUGGUAAGCGACCCAUCAAACAUCGCGAAGAACCUGGUGUCACAGACGACAGCUAUCUGGUCCCGAUGCAGCAGGAGACCGCCUUUGGUGCUGACGGGCCCGUGUAG